GGUGAGCGGCGCGGUGCGGGCGCUCGGGGCCGGCGCGUGCGCGCGGCCGCUCGGGCGGAGGAGCUGCCACGGGAGCUGUGCCAUGGAGCCAGAGAUCGACGGGUGUAAAGCAACCAUGGAGUUGGUCAGCAGGCCAAAUCAGAAAAAAUUGAAUCUGGUUGCUAGGGUUCGCUCGUUUUUCAGUUUGUCUGAUGGGAGACCAAAGACAUGGAAGCAGGGUAAAAUCUUGCCAACUCAAAUUGUUGACCCACAAAAUUAUGGCAUCCUGCAGUUAGUUGAUUUCAUAGCUGAACACUAUAUGUGGGGUUCGAAACAGCACAUUAAUUUGUCGCGUGAGUCAGAAUAUACUAUGGAGAUAAAGUCUGAUGAGGAAAUGUUUGAGUGGUUUCAACUUAAUCUAGACAAGGGAGUAGUUCGGAUUAAUGCUCAGAUCAAUGAUUUUGAGGGCCCAUUGCAGUGUUCGCCAAUGAAACGUAGGUGCCACCCAUCUGUAAGAAAUAAAGCACCCACCACCACCAAUGAAAGAGCCACUGAGACACCUAUCAAUGAGAGCUGCCCCAAUGAGAGAGUCACAUCCACAAGUAAUAAAAGGAGAGGCACCAAAUGUAAGGGAAAAGGUGGAGAUGAUGAUGAUGAUGGUGUAGGAGUUCAUGAAGAGGGCAUAUAUUCUGACACUAAUUCGCUUGCAGCGCCAAGUGAUAGCAGCUAUGAUAGUGACUUGGCUGCAUCAUCUGGCUGCAAAGAUGGAUGAAUUUAUUGAUGACUACUUCUCUGUUAAUAGGUUUAGGAAGGCAUAUGCAGGUACUUUCAAUCCUAUGACAUCUAAGGAUAGUUGGCCACGUGUUGAUUUAGGCUACAAAAUCAAGAAACCUAAAUUGAGAAGGAAACCGGGUAGACCAAGAAUAUCUAGAAUAAAGUCAUAUGAUGAGGCUGGCACUAGCAAAAAGAGGAAGCCAUGUUCUGAAUGUAAUGAACUAGGCCACAUAGCCAAGCAUUGCCAAGGAGGUCUCACUGCUAGUCAAAAGAGGAAGCUUUCAGCUUCACAAACCUCAGGUGCAAGUGCAAUAGAAAAAGGGAGAGGGAGGGGAAGAGGAAGGAGAAAUCCAAGUGAAACUCAAGUUCAAACAGAAAUUGCUGGAGGAGGGAGGGGAAGAGGAAGAGCAAGAGCAAG